GAUUAUUCUGGCGUGCUAGGACUCGACAUCGAAUCCAGUGACGAUAUAGCCACGUGACGAAACCAUAUCGAGGUUUUGACAAGGAAAGCUAAGAGAAGCAAGAAGGGAAACGCAGAAAUAGAUAACAAGCCUAGCUAGUUACACGUUAGAAGUCGGUUGUUGAGCAAGUUUGUACACUUUUGUUAUCAAUCAAGGAUCAGCCCCAGAAGGCACAGUACGUACAGAAUGGGUUCUCAAGUAAUCGUAGUGCACCAGUCCCGCCCAUCCUCCUGCCGAAAGGUGUGUUGUCUUGUUACAUCCAUGCUCACCUUCACUGUCGCCAUUGCAAUCCUCAUUUUCGGAAGUGUGGCAGUAGUCGGCCCAUACAGUCACGAAUCGAAGUACGAAACAACAGAGUGCAACAGCACUUCAGUGACCUGGGGAAACAAGUACAGCAAGUGCAACUGUCACACUGAGUAUGAUGAUAAAGAGUUAUGUACUGAAGGGACCUUCCCAUGCCUCAAUAUACAGGUUGUUUACAAGGAUAAGUAUGGAGUACAGCAUUCAUCCAAGCUUUAUCAAUCAUACAGUAGCAUGGACAGUGACUCCCAGUGCUCCUACCCAGCAUGCAAUGCCUAUAAUCGCAAUGAAAUUGACAUACCAGGAGCACCAAUAUUUAUUCAGAAGAACCAGGCAGUCCAGGAUUAUGCCAGUCAACAUGCCCAAGGAAAAGUGUAUCCUUGUUACUACAUUUUAUCGAAAUUUGAUAACGUCGUGGGAGAGAAGAACUACACCACACUUGACGCCUUUCACGUCAUCUUCUGGCCAUUGCUGGUGAUGAUCAUAACUAUUGUCCUAACUGUUGUCGUUCUGAGGAUGUGUAAGAAACAAGACCAGGGGUCUGGUGUUGAGUUCAAUCGUUUCUACUAGAUUUAAUCGAUCUUUCAUUUUCAUUCAGGUGACCAGGUUUUAGAAAUACACAAACUAAUAUUACGUAUACUACAGGUACAUCAGAGUACUAACAACAUGGCCGAAAUGAAAUUUUAGCAAAUAAUAUCAUAGAAUACUGUUUAUGGGUCCAAUCUGGAGAGGUAAUUUAACAGGCCGCAAAGAAGCAAUGGUUGUACUCUGUUACUUUUAGCAUAUUAUUUAUAAAGUUGUAAUGAAAUAUUUGUAUAUCUGCUGCAUGUUGGUUUGCUGUACAGUAAGUUACACAAGCUGGUUUAGAAAAUUUAAUAUUGAUGUCUUGAUGCUUAAUAUUCAUAUACUGUAGGUUUCACGUUAUUGAUUGUAAAAGGAAUCCUUGAAAAUACUACUGUGAUUGUUCAGAUUGAAUGUCAGUAAUACAGAACCAAAUGUUAUUGGACCUACACAAAGUAGACAAUCAAGAAAUGGUAAUUGAUAAAGGAAUGUUGAACAGUUGAGAAUUUAAUCAUUUGACAUAUUGACAUGAAUUCUGGAUUAGUGUAACCAUAGAGAAAAUUUUCUCUAUGGUGUAACUGGUUGGGAAAUGCUAAUAGAACUUAAUGUAAUCCUUCAACACUGAAAAUAGAUUGUUUUCUGAAUGAAUGUCUGCACUACUAUAUAUUAUAUUACAUUACAUGGGUGAUUGAUAUUUUGUCAUAAUCUAUAAUCAUAGCUAUUUACGUUGCGCAGAAUAGAAUAAAUACUGUAGUUGUAAUAGAAUCACAUUCGCUGUGUGUGUAUGUCUGUAUGUUUGAAACACCUUUGUCUAGUGUUUAAAAGGCUCAGACUGUGGAACCUGCAAAAUUUUAUAGCGUGGACGAAGUGGCUGAUAUUGUCAGUUAUAAUCAGUUCAUAACUAUUCAAAAUAUUCUUGUUUCUGCACAGAAUACAAUAAUUGUUUAAAUAAAUCAUGGUCUAUAUAUACAGUAAGAGUGUUCAGCAGCUUUGUUGUGUAUAACAGGCUUAGAUUAUAAAAAAUGCCAAGUUAUUUAAUUACAUAUUUAAAUUUAUUAAUAUAUUUCCACUUAAUUUAUAUGUGUCAAAAAAAAUAACUUAAUGAAAUAAUUACUGUAUAAAAUGAUACUGGUAUACAAGUUGGUGGAUGGAUUGUGAUAGAUUGAUUUCAUCGUACAGUAAUGGCCACAGUUGUGUACAAAUAUUUAUAUAUAACAUUAAAGUAUUAAACCCUGAUUAACAUUAGGCCUUAGAGGUAACAUCAUAUAAUUAUAACUUCUGUAAAGUACAAUCACCUUUUUGUUUUGUGUGUGGUUUUGACUCAAAUAAAACAAAUAUAAUGCAGUAAA